AAUUUUGACAUUCAUAUUUUUAUGAUAUACUCUGUGGCAUUCGAUUUGUGUAUUUUGCGCAGGGUAAACUUAACUUUUAUUCCUUCCAUUUCCCAAUGUGUUGAGUAUUUUGUUUUGCAAAAUGUGAUCCCUUUUUAGUUAUUUUACAUUCGCUUGAGUUACUUGGGCCUGUGUUACGCUGCUAUGAAAAGAUAGUGCAGUGAAAUAACUAUGAUGCCCGUGAAAUCAUUACAUAAAAAUGUUGUCAACCUACGCCAGGUUUAUCGUCCGCCACUCCUACCUUGUUCUGUUUACUGUAACUGUGAUCUCAACCAUCCUGACUGUGAUUCCGCUAAUAUGUCAUGUGUUACCUUCAUUUUCCGAUCCAAUCGUCGGCUUUGAAACUCGGGGAACCACCCUAGCUCAUAGAUUUAUUGCGUGGGAAAAUCUCAUAGAUGAAACUAGACCUUCUCGAAGGCUGGCGGUGAAUCCUAAAGAGAUUGAAGACCAAAUACGCAUGAACCAAACAUACUACAACAGAACACGACAAGACAGGCCUCGGUCGGGGCGAGGACGCUCAAAAAACAAAGGACGAAACAAAAAGAAAAAGGUAAAUUACAAUAACACCAUUUUCGAAAAGAACUGGCUAGAAACAGAAUCUAACAUAUCUAAUGGCCAUGUCCAUUGGGGAUUUGGAAAAAAUAAAACAUAUGAAGAUGAGAACACUGUAUUUCUUAAAAAUCACACAAGGAAACAAUGGGUGUCUAUAAAAGAAAUGCAGAGAAUACCUGAUAAACCUAUACACCAUAAUUAUGCAUCAGGGACAUGUGGACCGCCUAUAUCAGAUUAUGCUCAUUUAGUCAUCAUUAAUACUGAUAACACAUCUUUGCUAACAUUUCAAAAUGUAGAAAGAAUGUGCAAAAUUCAAUCAACACUAGUGGAGUUAGGUGGAGUGGAAUAUUAUAAAAUGUGCCAAAGGGAUCUACACUCGGAAGAACUCUGCUGCCCAGUGUGGAGUGUGCCAAACUACAUAGCUUUAAUAUCUGGAAAGACUACCUGUGAAAAUUUAAAUAAAGAAGAUGUAGAAAAUACUGUAACAAUAUUGAAGAAGUGUGCUGGUUAUUUUCAUAAUUUUACAUUAAUGGCUUCAUGUGAUUUAGAUAGAUGUAAAGUACCCAAGUAUUGUUCCCAGUAUGAUGCAGUCUAUAAUUUACUUUUUUAUUUAAUAGACUCCGGAGCUUUUUCACCCUCAGACCUCACACAGACAUUUGUUAGUGACGUCAUGCUAUUUCUUCCCCUGCCUAGCAGCAGCACCGUGUUACCUUAUUAUGAAAGAUUACAAAGUUCAAAUUUAUCUUAUGAGACACUUGUUAUACCUGCUGUAGACUUUGGACUGAAGAAUGCACUUUUUGACUUGUGGGUCAUCCAGGAUACGUGGUUGAUAGGCUUAGGUGGAAUAUUUGUAUUUGCAUGUGUGUGGGUGUAUACAAAAUCUCUUAUUCUCACUGUGCUGUUGUUUACAGCCAUAACAUAUUCACUUGGUAUAGCAUACUUCUUGUAUGUCUAUGUGUUCAAUUUGGAAUUUUUUCCCUUUAUGAAUUUAUUAGUAAUAGUUGUUGUGAUAGGGAUCGGAGCUGAUGAUGCAUUUCUCUAUGUGAAGGUUUGGAAAAUGGUUAGUAAACAACUUAUCCGAGAUAAUGUUGUGAGCCAAGAUAAUGCUCUGAGUGAUAUAAAGAAUGUGUCCAGUGCUGGGGAGACUAUCCUGAUUCAGAUACUGGGAGAGACUAUGAAACAUUCUCUGGUGACCAUGAUGAUCACCACCAUGACCACUGCGGUUGCAUUUUUUGCCUCCUAUGUGAGCUACAUUCCAGCUAUAAACUGUUUUAGUGUAUUUGCUGGGACAGCUGUUCUAGUCAACUUUUUACUAAUGAUAAGUUGGUUGCCUGUAUCAGUAUUUAUAAUAGAUGUUAAAUUGAGUGUGAGUCGAAGAAAAUUUUUAGAAAUAAUUAUUAAACGUAGUAAUGAAUUUUGGGAAGAUAUCAGAGUAAUAUUGAAUAGAUUUAUUAUAACAUGUGUCUCAAGAUUGCAUUUAAUGUUUGUUAUAGUGUUGGGUGCUAUAGGGAUUGGCAGUCUUGUCGUAGUUUUCUACUCCCCAGGACUUCAAUUGCCUGAUUCCAAACAGUUUCAACUUUUCCAAACUUCUCACCCAUUUGAGCAAUAUGAUAUGCACUAUAGGGGAAAGUUCCUAUUUGAACGAUUUGGUAAAGAUAUUGGGACUGGUAGUAAAAUGCCCCUUAGAUGGGUAUGGGGAGUAAAAGCUAUUGAUAAUGGAAAUCAUAUGGAUCCUGCAUCAAAGGGCCAGUUGAUUUUCGACGAAGAAUUCACGAUAUCAGACCCUAAUUCCCAAAAAUGGUUGGCAGGAUUCUGCACAAGAUUAAAAUCCCAACCAUUUUUUCAACAGACCUUAGGUCCACUCCUUCCUAAUUGCUUUAUAGAAAGUUUCAAAAUGUACAUGAGUAGAAGGUGUAUCGAUCAUAUCGAUAGAAUAAAUCGCACUCCUUGCUGUGAAACUUCCCGCUUUCCUUAUAAAAAGGAGGUAUUUGAGUUUUGUAUUAUCAAGGCUAUGGAGUCGUUAUAUCAAACCCCGCGGGAGCUCUUUAUGCCGGGCGUGGCGGGGCCUAAGUUCCUUAGAAGUGCCACGCCCCCUACAGUAGCUGCUAUGGUCGUAGAAUUCGAAAGCGUUGUGCCAUAUUCCAUGUCGUAUACGGCAAUGGAUGAUUUUUAUGUCCAAGUAGAAAAUUGGACGCAGCAAGAGUUGCUGAAUGCACCGCCAGGAAUGAAAAAUGGCUGGUUCUUGUCUGAUCUACAAUUUUAUGACCUACAAAAAACUCUGGCAAGCGGGACUGUGAUGGCACUAAUAUUGUCAGCUACGUUAGGAUUUAUAGUACUUAUUCCGGCGACUUUUAGCCUCGUAGUAAGCGUGUGCGCACUAACCGCCAUGAUAUUCUCCGCAACGGUUACUAUAGCUAUACUAGUACUUAAUGAUUGGAAGCUCAAUAUUUUAGAAAGUGUAGCAAUAUCGACGUCGGCAGGGUUAGCUGUGGAUUUUAGUCUGCAUUAUGCACUUAGCUAUACGAAUGCUAACGGUGCGAAGUCUGCUAGGGUCAAAUAUGCGUUGUCAUCAUCUGCAGGGCCUACAGCAGCCGCAGCUGUCACUACUAGUUUUGCUGGAAUAUUCCUGUUGCGCUCAAAUCUCCUGCCUUAUUCACAGAUAGGAUCAUUUUUAUCGUUGAUCAUGGUCGUGAGUUGGACAUACGCGACGUUUUUCUUAUGUUCCUUGCUCCAAUUGGUUGGACGUAAUUCUACGAAAGAAUCUCCGACGGAGGAGCGAAAGUCAGUUUCCCGCGUUAGCUCCGUCUGUUCGGGGGUCCCUAACCUGGAGAGUCAUGAACUUGAGCACUUAGCUGAUAGCAACCGAACGAAUCUCACUCACUCUCAUAGCCCGUCAAACGUAAGCGCUACCACCGUAGUUCUGCAUGACGACUAUGAUAACUCUCACUGUAAAAUUGUUAAGAAAUCUAGUGAUACGAGUAAUAAUAUAGUUUCCGAAAAUGACUGAAUGUUUAGAACUAAUUAUAUAGCAAACUAAGGCAUCUUUUGAAGUAUUUUUUUAUGUUAUAGCAGUAUUAUUUUGGACUUGUUUUUUUUAUUAACAAACGCUGUAUGCAUUUUUUUAUUAAUGUAGUUGUCUUUGUAAAUACUUGUGAAUAAUUUUAUAUACAAUCAGUUGAUAGGAAUGAUCGAUGUGACAAUAAUUAUCACAUAAAUAUUCGCAUGGGACAAUAUAAGACCUUAACGAGCUUAGCUUGAGUAUUAUGUUGCUUUACAUUUGAAUAUGUUUUACUGUUUUUCAAGUAAAAAUCUAUAUGUAUAUUUCUAUAAUGAUGAUAUUAUUACGAUCUGAUGUACUUAAUGUUAGAUUAUACAAUUCUAUACUUAUAUAUUAUCUACUUAAGUAUUUCAAUGUUACUUUGCACUGUUACUUGAUUGAUGUAUUCGUGUUUUGAUCUAAGUCUUAAAAUAAUGUCAAUUCACAUUCACAAUGAAAUUGUUAUUGCAUAACUAUUAAAAUAUAUGUAUUAAGGGUAUUUAUGGCGAAAUCAAAUGAAUCAACGUCCAUAUAACAUUUCUAAGUAGGUAUGUAAUACUUUUGUUACAGUACUUAAAUUAUUAUGGUCUAAUUGUUGUUUUAAAUUGUAUAAAAAUCAGUAUUAGCGAUAUAAGUAUUAAAUGUAUUAUUUGAAAAGGCAUUUUACGCGCAUUGCGUUCAAACGGUUGAUUAUAUUCGAAAUAUUUACUGUUUAACCAACAUCGAUAAAUUUUAAUAUCGUUUAGUUUACUGAUGUACCCAUUGUAUAAGUAUUUCAAGUUCUGCUGUUAGUUUAUACAUUCCCCUCUUCAUUGAAAUCAAUACACAACAUGUGUCUGCCUACAUAAUGUACCUGAAUGGUAUUCAGAUUUAUUUGUACCAUUAUUUAAGUUAACUCAAUGUUAUGUUGUCUGCCAGACAUAUACUUAAACAAAACAAAAAUGUGAUACCUUUUUCUACUCAUGAGGGUAGGCAAAAAUUCACUCUGAAGCCACCUGUAAUAUUAGAAACAACACAUACGUACAAAUAAUAUUUAUAGAUGGCGAUAUAUUCAUUGCAUACGCAGUAAGAUAUAGCAGCUAGCUAGCGCAACUAAAUUAAGAUUAUACCUGAUAGGUAUGCACAAAGGACGUUAUCAGAAAAACAAAUAUUUUUGUUACAAAAAUUGUUGCUGUUUGACCAUAGUUUGAUACGAUCCCAUGUUAUAAAUAUCAGAUUUAUAGUACGGAGUACAUACAAAAUAGGGCGUGACGUAUGUCUACGUGCGUGUAAAACUUGAUUUAGAAGUGUAAAAUAAGAUUUUUUACUAAUCUGAUGUAUCAAAUGUUACUUACUGUAUUAUAUUAUUCUUAGAGUAGAGUCGCGAUUCUCGAUAGUCGACCACGGCGGCUACAGACUUAUUAGUAUCAUUACAACUGUGUAAGAAACGAAAUAAAAUGUUAAUUUUUGAAUA